GCCAUAUACUAUAUUGUGUUGUUGAUGUAAAAACAAGUUCGAAUAAAUAUUUAUUUACUACGACAACCAUUUGCUAUCUACGCUCGCUUUAGACAUCAUAAUUUUUGACUUCGUGACUUCGGACUUGCUACCACCUCGUCUUCCAACUAAAACCACUCAAGGUUCAGCUGUCAUGGGACAGAGGGAACUCUAUCAUUAUGAGCCAGCAACAGAUUCAGGCUGUCAUGGGCCAACUGGCGCUUCACUUUCAAACCAACUAUCCACAACAAUGGGCGAGUAUGAAUCCGCAGCAACAGCAAGUGUAUGUAUAUAACAUGGCAUUGCAACAGCUCGGACAAUCAGCGCCUGCACAAGCACAGUCGCAACUACAACACACACAGCAGCGAUGCCAAAUAGUGGAAGAGAGCUCACAAAGGUAUUCACAGAGGCAGGUAAAUGUGACCUCGAAUUCAUCAUUCAAUAGUGGACUCAAUACGUCUCGUCAGGCUAGCAUAUCGAGUCAGGGAUAUAGCACAAAUGAGGCAGAUCUCAGCUUAAAUCCCAAUCAACAAAUGGGUGCACUGGCUCCAAACGAGCUUAAAAACCCCGCUCUAAUGACAGAGAAAGAAAAGCUGGAGCUGGUGAAGAGUCGUCUCGCCGAGCAGCAGUCACAGAGGGCACGAUUAUUGCAGGAAACCAAGGAAAGAAUGAGACAGAACUCACAGCUUAAACCCAAGGUACACGAUCCAUAA